GUUGGCGAUAGCCGCUUGGUCAUCUGGCACUGGUGGAGCAGGCCUGAUUGGAUCGUUCUCCUACGCGCUUCUCACCGAGCCGUCGAUGGGGAAUUUACAGCCCAAAGUCGCUCUUCUCAUUCAGCUAUUUAUUCCUAUGAUCAAUUUUUCGUUGUUCUCAAUCGACUACCAAUUUAGGUACUUCUUCUUACUAGUCACCCCUGAUGACGUCCACACACCUGGCUGGCAUCCAAAAACGUGGCUUGUACCAGUGGAGCUUCCUCCAGA